GCCGUACCACUCCCAGCGGGGACCUUCUCAUCCAGAUGUAACACUAGAACAGCUCAGCCAUGGCGGCUCUCUGGACCAUCCAGGACUUAGUUGUUGACUCCAGCACAACAGUAGUUGAGUCCACACAGCAAGGGGAAAAGAGAACUUAUUCAAGUGUGUGGAAAGCAGAAAUGGUGCUGUUUGAAGCUAAAGAAGAGAAAGUCCUGUUAACAGAGAAGACAGCUGGACAAGGGACACAUGUACUCAGCCCUCCUCUGGGCUGGGUGUGCAUGGUGAGGAGAGGUGGUGUGGUGCCUGAUCUCACUGUGCUGUCUUGGUGUGCUGAGGUUGUGCAGUCACCAUGGCGUGUUUCUGGGUUCUGGAAGUCUGGAAUGGCUGCAUUCGCCCUUGGUUGUUCCCCAGGUCCAGAGUGUAUCUUCGGGAUAGAUAUACUAAAGUUGGCAGGAUUCCCACCCUGGUUCUCUACCCUGGAGAGUGAGGGCGAUUGUGGUUGAAAAGGCCAGGUCAGGUGGAAGCCAUUGGAGUGGCCUCUACUAGGGAAAAUAGCCAGCCAAAACCAGUAUUGCCUCCCUGGAGAACUGCAAAAAAAUUGGUGCCACCAUCAAGGACAUGGAAGGUACAGGAAUGGUGGCUUCCACCACAUCUUCCUUCAGCUCUUCUAUUUGACCAGUGCAGACAGAUAGAUUAUGAAGAAUGCCAUUUGACUAUCACAGACUUAGUCAAGUAGUGGCUCUGGCUGCAGCUUCCGUGGCACGUGUGAUGUCCCUGCCUGAGCCGGUUAACAUGUCUCCUGGCCUGUGGUCUGCUGCUCCUGAGUCAGCACAGGCCUCGUCUCACUGCCUGCCUAUGAGGACCACCAGAGCAUCGUGCGGCCUCGUCUCACUGCCUGCCUUUGAGGACCACCAGAGCAUCGUGCUUCCGUUUGGCAAGGCCAGCAGUAUACCUUUACCUCAGGGUAUAUUAACUUUCCAGCCUUGUGUCAUAACUUAGUUCAAAGGGAGCUUGGAUCAUCUCUUCUACAAAAUAUCACACUGGUCCAAAAUAUUGAUGACAUGUUGAUUAGACCAAGUGAGCAGGAGGUAGCAACUGCUUUGGACUUGUUGCUAACACAUAUGAACACCAGAGGAUAGGAAAUAAAUCCAGUCAAAAUUCAGAGGCCUUCUACCUCUGUAAGAUUUCUAGGGAGCUAGGGCGUAGGGCACAUAGAGACAUUCCUUCUAGGGGAAAGGUUAUUUUAUUGCCUGGCCCUUCCCACCACCAAGAAGAAGCACGUUUGAGCCUGUUUGAUUCUGGAGACAGCACACUUGGUUAUGUUACAAGUGACUCCGAAAGCUGCCAGCUCUGAGCGGGACCUGGAAUAGAAGGCUCCUCAGCAGACCCAAGCUGCUGACCACUUGGGCCAUGUGAUCCAGCAGACUCUGGUAACUGAAGUCGCAGUGGCAGAUAAGGGUGCUGUUUGGAGCCAUCGGCGUGCCCCUACAGGGGGCAGUGCCCAAAGGAAAUGCCACUAAAGAGUUCAUCGAGAGCCUUCAGCUGAAGCCUGGCCAGGUGGUGUACAAGUGCCCCAAGUGCUGCAGCAUCAAGCCCGACCGGGCGCACCACUGCAGUGUUUGUAAGCGGUGCAUUCGCAAGAUGGACCACCACUGUCCUUGGGUCAAUAACUGUGUCGGCGAGAACAACCAGAAGUACUUUGUCCUGUUUACAAUGUACAUAGCUCUCAUUUCCUUGCACGCCCUCAUCAUGGUGGGAUUCCACUUCCUGCAUUGCUUUGAAGAGGACUGGACAAAGUGCAGCUCUUUCUCGCCGCCUACCACGGUCAUCCUGCUCAUCCUGCUGUGCUUUGAGGCGCUGCUCUUCCUCAUUUUUACAUCAGUGAUGUUUGGGACCCAAGUGCACUCCAUCUGCACAGAUGAGACGGGCAUUGAACGCCUCCAACGAAAGAAACAGCCCAGGGAGCACUCGGGCAGCUGGAAGUCGGUCCAGGAGGCUUUUGGUGGGGAGUUUUCCCUGAACUGGUUCAACCCUUUCACCAGACCUUGUCAACCAGAGACACCCAUUGACAAGGGCUUGGUACGGCAAGUGUCGUCUCUGUCAGACAUGGACAACAUGGAGACAGCUGAGACCCAAUCGGAGGAGACAAAAGAGAGGGAUUCUGUGGAGGUGCUGGAUGAAUAGCGGUCAUGGAGAAUACGACACCAGUGGCUCUGGCUUGAUGAGUACUCCCCAGCUCCCUGAGGCUUCCCCAGGCCACUUCCUUGGUGUUGACAAUUGUAGAGGAGAGUGGGGAUGUUCUCUGACUUCCUCUUAGCCGAGUGUGCCAAAAGGGAUGGUCAGGAGCAAUUCUCCAGGUUUGGGAAGGCUACCUAGCCUCCACCCAGCAAGGGAGAUGGUGACCAGGCUGUCCUGGGGGAAGAAAUCCAGUUCUUGUGGGCUGUCUCGGGGAGGCUGAGGGCCUUGGGGAAGGAUGCUACGUGCAGGGAAGAUGAGCCUGGAAGGCUAGAGAAACUCCAGCCAUUCCCAAUGAAAGGAUCCUUUGACUGGCUGGCUGUGGAAAUCAGGACAAAGGAAGGGCUACUGAACCUGCCUUCAGGGCUUGGUUGAAAGAGCACCCCACACAGCUGCAUGCAUACGCAUGCAGAACCCGCCCAGAUGGGAAUGAGCCUGAGUUAUGACAGUAUCACCCAAAAUUAGUUCCUAUCCUGUUGAUACUAGACUCUUCCCUGAGACAAAAUGGAGCCAGCGCUCUGUGGCUACAAGCUUGCAUUCCCGGAGGAGCUGGGGGAGGACUUCUGUUGACCUCCUGAAAAAGUCGAGUAAGAUGGGGACAGAAGUGGCCCUCUCUGCUGUUAAAGCCCUCCCAAGACGGCACCUCACAGAAAGCUGCAUGGCUAGCUCUGUGCACAUACCUUUAUUCCCAACAUUUGGGGCAGGCAGCCUGGUCUACAUAGUUCCCAGAGAAACCCUGCCUUAAAAACAACAAAAAAGGAGCUGCUUGGUGGCCACCCGGAAGACACCAGAGGGUGGCCACCACCCCGAGUGGCAGCCGCCUCCGGCACUAACAGCUGUGGCUUACUCCACCCUGCUGCGGGCGUUUCCACACAGCAGGCCUGCUUUAACAUUCAGCACUAACAUGGGGGGGCCCUGAGCCCAGGCACACCUGGCUGGCCCUUGAGCCCCAGAGACGGCUCACCAGGGAGAGGGCAGGCCAUUUGUUUCCAGAGUGCUUCCCCUGGAGAGGUUGAGGUAGGCAGGCAUCAGAGCUCUUCCUCUCUCCUCAGCAAACCUAUUACCGUGUCAUGCCCCAAGACCAGGAGGUACCGGACUGCCAGGAUCAUGUAGGUGGUAUUUUGUUUAGCCCUGAGCCUCGUGCCUUCACACCAGGACACAGUGGCCUUCACUCCAUGGUGACUCCUGAGGUUCUGCUCAGCACUGCAGCUGAUCAGAGGAGGCCCAGUGUUUCCGGGAGGGAGGCCGGUUGCACACCUGCCUCUUGUUGUCAAUAAAAGUUCUUUGGUCUACCUCUGUGGCUAGAGGUGCCUGUUUUUAGCAGGAGAUACUAGCUCAAAAGCCCUAGCAGCAUCCUUCCUCAGGUCCAGUGUGUAAAAUAAGUGGCACACAGACGCUAGCAGCGACUUCAUGGGGUUACUAACCGAUCCUUCUUGGACCCAGCAUAGACAAAGGCACCUACCAGAUACCUACUGCAUGCCAGAGCGGUGGGCAUCUGGGCAGAAGCAAUCAGUGCUGAGGUUUUCUAGUUGUGAGUGACUGGAGGAGAGAUGAUUAGUGUCUGGCUAGUUUUAUAUCAGCUUGACGCAAACUGAAGUCGCUUGGGAAAAAGAAGUCUCACUGAGAAAAUGCCUCCAUAAGUUUGGCCUGUGUGCAAAUGUGUAGUCCAUUUUCUUGAUUGAUGUGGGAGGGGCUGGUCCACUAUGGUGGUGCCACCUGGGCAGGUGGUCCUGGAUGGUGUAAGAGGAGCAAGCCAGUGAGCAGCACUCUCUGCCUCCAGGUUCCUGCCCUGACUUCCCUCAGAGAUGGACUGUUACCUGAAAAUUAGAUGCAAUAAACCCUUUCCUCCCCGGGUU